AAUAGACACGGCUAUCUGACCAACGGCGGAGAGCAACACAAACACAAAACAAGCCUAUUUAGUGCUCGCUGUGUAAUGUAGUGGACCAGAAAAUCCCGAUGGUCUGAGCUGCUUUUAUUUUAGAAGCUUCCUACUCGUGUCACACCGAGGUGAAUCACUCGGGUGAGAAAUUAAUUGUUAGCUGUGUAGUUAUCUCAUAGAUCUGGGAUGGGCGUUCCUCGGUUGUGCUUGCUUUGAAAAUACCGAGGUACUAGUUCUGCAUUGGUCGCCCCUUCCUAAGGAGGCACAAUGAAAUGACUUAAGUGGAGUCAUUUUACUAGCCCGUCGGAGUGCAUGACAGAAUGAAAUUAAAUGUCAGUUGUUCGCUGAGAUGUAACCGUAACCAGCUCGUUAGCGUUAGCUACCGUACAUAAUCUGUUGAAGAGCACACAUUGGUGAGGAUGCUACGAUGUUUAAGAAUGUGUUCGGGUCCGGGUUCCUUGUGAGGACCGCACAUGUUAUCUUGACAUGGGUGACAACACUGAUACUCUUCCUUCACGACACGGGUGCCCCUUGUGUUUGUGUGUCGUGACAGACUUGCGGAAGCAGGAGGAGACGGGCGAGCUGGCGCAGCCGGUGCUGUUCGUGACGCUGGUUCUGUUGUCGGUGCUGCUCUACUUCGCCGUCUCGCUUAUGGACCCCGGCUUCGUGCUGGCCGACGAUGACGAUGGUGAGGCUAAGCUGACCCUGGGCACUGGGGAGGAGCACCAGGACAUGCUCUCCCAGUCAGCCAAGUCCCUCCGGCAGCGGCGGUGUAGCCUCUGCCUACUGCAGCAGCCAAUGAGAGCCAAGCACUGCCAAACCUGUAAGCACUGCGUCCGUCGCUAUGACCACCACUGCCCCUGGAUAGAGAACUGUGUGGGAGAGCGGAACCACCGCUGGUUUGUCCUGUACCUGGGGGUGCAGCUGCUGGCCCUGAUUUGGGGGCUCUUCAUAGCCUGGUCUGGGUUUAGCCCCGCCCCUACCUGGGACCUCUGGCUGCGUGGCAAUGGGCUCCUAUUGGCUGCUGCCUCCAUUAUGGGCGUGGUCUCGGUAGUGGUGGUCCUGCUGCUCGGUUCGCACCUGUACUUGAUCUCCCAUAAUGCCACCACUUGGGAGUUCAUGUCCCGCCCGCGAAUCUCGUACCUGCGCCACUGUGGGGCGGACCAGAACCCCUUCGAUCGCGGGGCCCCUGCCAACCUCUGGAGCUUCUUUUGCGUUUGGGGGAUCGUGUCCUGGGAACAGAUGUAUUUCAGAGAGCCCAACGACCAUGCCUAGUACCCUCAGAACGACCACACUCUCCCACCCAUAUCUCCCCACCAGGCCUUGGUCAAAUCGGCAUCUAAACACACUUUCAUGUUUUGGGUGCAGGUAAAAUUUGAAAACUCUCCUCCAGAUCCUUGGAAAAUUUCAAUGAAGCAUAUUACUCAUCAAAAUGGACAAUUAGUGUAUGGAAGAAGAAUUAUUUAAUGAAUAUUUGAGAACUGUUUGUUUCUUUUCAAAUAGUAGUCAGUACUCUAAGUGGUGUCUAAUGGGUGGGAAUGGAGAUGGUUAUGGACCAUUGGACAGGACUGGCCAGAUCUAUAUCACAAACAUUCCAUCUGUUGACCGGGCAAUUUGGUUUCGUGUUUCUGCCCCGCAUAGAAAAUCUACACAUCUACAGUCGGACCAACUUACACACUGAUUGGCCAGUUGCUUAUACGGGGAAGUGGUCAGAGAUAGAAAGUCCCUAUCUCUGACACACGGGGAGGGAAGAGUGAGGAAUUGAAGGAAUGUGCCACUAACUGUCUGCCUCACUUUUUAAGUCUCUGACUGUUCUCUUACUGACUCUUCUGUCACGGCCUUGCCGAAGAUUGAAUUCGGCCCCUUGGCUUUGAGGGGGGUCCAGGAAUCAAGUUUAAAAACUGUCAGCCAAUGAGAUUGGUGGUUUGUAGAUGAGACUUUCAGGUAACAUUUUUUGUAUGAGGAUUGGGGAAAGAUGCAUCCGUCAUCCAAGUUUGCAAGAUGACUUUGUCUGGCUUACGUCUGCUUGGUUGGAUGGUGUCGUUUGAUUGGCCAGAAGGUUCUCCCCAGUCUACAUAGUGCAUUCAGGGUCAACUGACAGCCAGGUAUCCAGAAACAGAAUUAUCCACAAAAUAAAUAAAGCUUGCACAUUGCUUCAGUCUUCCUCAAAGCAGUGGAGUCUGGGCAAUGGAAUUUCAGAAGGGAGUGGAGGGAGAUCGGAGAGAAUGACUCUAAGGGGGGGAAAGUUAUUAUAAAUAUAAUGUAUUAACACCCUAACCUGUGUCAGUGGGAAAAAGUUAUUCUAUAUAUGAUAUGGUUGUGGUUAGUUGAGCUGUCUCUGCUAUUCCAUGCAGUAGUGUUCCCAGAAUCCUUUUCCCCGGGAGUCCGUUAACUUGUACCUCAACUCAGUCAAAACCCUACUCCCUUUUUUAAGAUGUGCUGUCAUUUGUGAACUCAUUUCUGGUUUGUGGGAUUGGUGCAGUCUGCAGGAAAAACUAAAUGUGAGUUUUAUCAGUCUGGCUCUCCCACAACAUAUUGCUGUGAUAUCAUCUCAGGCAAACAAAACCCAGUUCACAUCGACAGACCAGAGUCUACUUCUGACUACUAUACUGACUACACUGCCAGCCGUAGAUGGGUAUUCCUGCACGGUGUCUUGUGAUUAGUCACAGCCCCCCCACCCCCCGCCCUCCUGGCCAUUGCACAACAAGGACUCCUCAGCACCAGCCACAGCUCCAGCAUCCAGACCAGUGACUGCGCAGAUUGUGACGCCUAGCUCCCAAAAUUAGAGGAGGGCGCAUUAUCAUCGGGAUGGGCCUACAAUCACAACGGGGUAAUCCUGAAGAAUCAAAAAUCUGCCUUUGAAAAAGGAAAAAAAGAAAGCGGUUCAUUUCAGGAACCUUGUGCCCAGCUGUGAGGGGCUUUGAGUGCGCAGUAAUGCCAUAGCGAUUGAGUCUUGUUCUGGAUCGAUCUCAGCUCUGCUGUGCUCUGUUUUUAAUGAAAAUCUGUCCCUUUAAUUUUGUGGAACAGGGUUUUCUUUCGAUAUGCAUAUCAGCAAGUCCUUUCAAUGAAAUCGUUUUAAACUUUUUUUUAGAGCUUCCAUUUUUGUAAGGUUAGAUCUACCAUUAAAAUGGUUUUUUCCCCCCCAAAACUUGGCAUACUGUAUUGUGGACUAUUACCUUAUUGUUUUAAAUUUAAUUAAUAUUGUGUCCCCACAUAGCUUAAAAAGUGGAUAGAUAUGUGCUGUGCAAUAUUGGCUAUAGGGGACGUUAACCUUAAGCAAUAAUUCUGUUUCUCUGGAAAACUAGAUCGGUCUCGGUAGAUCAGUCUGUUUAAAGUCUGUUGCCCUGUGUUUUGAGCCUAGAGCAGGGAGAUAAAGUGUGUGGUGGUUUAUAGGGUCUCUCUGUCCCUGAGUUUAUCCAAUAUGACUGUAUCGGUUUCAGUUCAGACAGAAUGAGCUGCUAUUGAACAAGUUGCUGUAUUUAUUUAUUCAUGAAAUAUUACUGUCCUUCAGUAUUUAUGGUUUAUGCAAUAUCUCUAUACAUUUUUGAAUUAAUAAAAAUUUUCAAAUGUGUUACUGA